CGCAGUCCCAGUACCCGAAUUCAGGAUGCAACAUAACCGUUUUGGUUCAGCUUAUGUAUUUCGAUUCGCUUAGUUCCUCUACUGCGAUCAGGCUUGGAAUUCUUGUGCUUGUUAGAUUGUGGUAUGUUGCCACUUGGCUUGCACCAAUGCUCUCUGCAGAUUAUCCCGAAUAUGUCGGCGCCAGUAUACGCGGAUCUCGUGGCGCGUCCAAGUGAGUCAGCGAAGGGGAUAACACAAGGACUUCCCCGAACGGCCGACUCGUGCCCUUUUCGUUUGCUUCCGGACUAUGCGGAGUGUACACGAACAGCAGCUGUUACCAUCUCGUGAGUUGUGCAGCAUUGUUGCAAUCACUAUUCAUCGAAAAAACCGGUACACAACUACAGAGCAGACGUGUAGAUCAUCCUAGCAUGGAUAUUGAGUUCCAAAAUGGCUUAAUCGCGUCGUAGUGAAUCAAUUAACACCAUGUGUAUCCUGAAUGACUAUUUUGCUCGUCCGGAGCAUUUGUCACGCUAUUGCAAUCCGAAAUGGCCGGGAUACAAGCGAUUCCGUUCCAAUACGAGCAAAUGUUGGAGUCCGCCAGUGGUCAACCACCGAAUCCGUACCCUUGAGGUCCUCAUCACGUCGCGGAUCACGUUGGUCCAAUAUCUAAUUGGAUCUACAUUCGUCAUGCUCUGUCAAAUCUCCGUUGGCCAUGAAGACCCCGAUCUCGGCUCUCACGUCCUUCGUAUUUCAUAGCUUUCUCCUGAAAAUUUCCGUAAACGCCUAAGCGUCUCUCUUCAGUUCCGUGCACCAUGUCCUCGGCUUGCCUGUCCGCUGCAGUGCAAGCAUGCUGCCUAAUCAUAUUGGUCUAAUGAAUAAUUUCCCGGUUCUCGUUCUGCUGGUUUCAUGAAACACCUGGGACGGGGAUCUGCAAGUCAUAUAAAGAGGCAGUAUCUGAAGGGCAAUAUCCUCAUCAAGUCAUACACCACAGCCCUCUCAGCCCUCUCAGCCUUAUCUACGCAGUCUACAGACGUUUGACACCUACCUCAAACAUAGAGAUGGACGCCUCAUCUUCUACGCCUAUUACUUUCAAGCUCCCCGAUUUCGUCGCCAUGUCCAAGCUGACCGCGUCGGUCAAGCCCGAUUUCAAGCGCGCCGGUGCAGAUUCACUCGCUUGGUUCGACUCCUUCAAUGUUCUCUCUACGCGAAAACUUGAGAUCUUCAUCAAGUCGGACGCCGACCUUCUUGUGGCGUACACUUACCCUUACGCUGGGGACGAAGAGUACCGCACAUGCCUGGACUUCAUCAGUCUCCUUUUCGCGCUGGACGAGAUCACCGACGACCAGAACGCCGAUGACGCGCGAAAGACUAUGAUAUCUUUCCUGAAUACACUCGAUGGACAAGAGUGUGACGGCUCUGUUAUCUCUCGCAUGACUGCAAGUUUCCGAUCGCGUCUGCUUCUCAAAAUUGGUCCACGAUCGAUGCGCCGUCUGGUCCAGGCUUGUAGCUCGUACAUUGAUGCAGUCUGCCAAGAAGCGGCCCUCCGCGAGCGUGGCGAAGUACUUGGGCUCGAGGAGUACCGCGUCCUGCGUAGAGAAAACAUUGCCCUCCGUCUAUGCUUCAGCCUUUUCGAGUACUGCUUCGGUUUUGAUCUGCCUGACGAGGUCUUUGAAGACCCUGCAUUCAUUCGCAUGUUCUACAACGCAGUUGACAUGAUCGCUCUCUGCAACGAUCUGUAUUCCUACAACAUGGAACAGGCACGUGAAGGCCACUCAUGCUCAAACAUUGUUACCGUUAUCAUAAAGGAAAAAGCGCUUUCUCUCCAAGAGACUGUUGACUUCGUUCGCGAUGAAUUUGAGUCGUUGUUGUCCGAGUUCUCCGAAGACAAGCAGACUCUCCGACCGUUUAGCAAAGAAACAGACGAAGAUGUCAAACAAUUCAUUAGCGCACUCGAAACUUGGAUUAUCGGCAACAUCUGCUGGAGUUUUGCGACUCGUCGGUACUUUGGACGUGAGCACGAGGAGAUUCGCAAGACCCUUGUCGUGGAACUCGCGGACAGGAUCGAGUAAACGUUCUUGCCUUAAUCGACUUUGAAAAAAAAAAAGAUACCCUGUCCAGCCGUAAUUUACACCUCACGAGUCACGAAGUUCUUCCGCACUUAAUUAUUACUAUCUUCACAUUCAUAACUUAUACAUACUUUGCAUGAACUCUUUUCCUUCUUGUACCUUCAUUUCGACUUUUCUCGGACUAUGCAUUACUAUUGUGGAUUCCCCUCUCCUUACCC